AAGCCAGAUCGUGAUGACUGGGAGAAUGGGCUGACUGCAAUGGAGUGUGCCCUGCACCUGGAGAAGAAUGUGAACCAGUCACUGUUAGAACUGCACAAACUGGCAACUGAAAAGAAUGACCCACAUUUGUGUGACUUCAUUGAGACUCACUACCUGGAUGAACAGGUGAAAGCCAUCAAAGAGCUGGGUGACCAUGUGACCAACCUGCGGAAGAUGGGGGCACCAAAAUAUGGCAUGGCAGAGUACCUCUUUGACAAGCAUACUCUUGGGGACAGUGACAAUGAGAGCUGAAGUCUUGCCAAGAGCCACCCUGUGGGUUCAGUGGAACUCCUACUUUACUGUCCAGCCAUGCAUGCAUCUUCAGCUAUCUAGAUAAGCAGUUCUCAUACUCUGUACCAAAUAUCAGCCCUCUUUUCUCUUGUGUUUUGUGCAUUGCCCUCCAUCCAAUAAAGUGACUUGGUUCAAGUUGG